UCAGUCAUGUUGAAGAAACUCCACAGAACAGAGGACCUGCCUCUCAUCAGACUGAAGACAUGAUGGUUCCAAUACCAGAGCCACAACCCAUCACAUAUUACCAACACAUGCUUCAAUCACACUUUCAGGACAAGUUCAUAUGUAUACAAGAAGGAUGGAUGCAGAAGAAGGAACGUCUGGAUGAUAUCUACACAGAGCUGUACAUCACUGCUGGGGCUGACAUAAGCAUAAACACACAGCAUGAGGUCAUGCAGAUUGAGGCAGUGUUGAAGCCAGCAGAAACAGACAAACCAAUUAGACCUACUGACAUGUUCAAACCCCCCUCUGGAAAAUACAGACCCAUAAGAACAGUACUGACCAGUGGAAUCGCAGGAAUUGGCAAAACAUUUCUUGUGAGCAAGUUUGUGUUGGACUGGGCUGAAAAAAAAUCCAAUCAAGAUAUGCAUCUGAUUUUUCCCUUCACCUUCCGCCAGCUGAAUUUAUGGGCAGGGGAAAAGUUAUGUUUGACAGAACUCAUUCAUAAUUGCAUCAGGGAAACCAGAGAAAUCAAGGAAGAAGCUCUUAACUACAUCUUUGAAACUCUGCAGUCAUCAGGAAACACCAACUAUGACAAAAGUAAAUUCAAACUUCUGUUUGUUUUGGAUGGACUGGAUGAGAGCCGUCUUCAUCUGGACUUCUCUACCUGGGAAAAUCAGCCAGUAAACUUCAAUGUGACAGAUUCCACCUCAGUGGAUGUGCUACUGACAAACCUCAUCAAAAGGAACCUGCUUCCCUCUGCUCGCCUCUGGAUAACCACACGACCUGCAGCAGCCAAUCAAAUCCCUCGAGAGUUUGUCGACAGCAUGACAGAGGUUAGAGGGUUCACUGACCCACAGAAGGAGGAGUACUUCAGGAAGAGAUGCAGAGAUGAGGAGCAGGCCAGCAGAAUCAUCUCCCACAUCAAGACAUCACGAAGCCUCCACAUCAUGUGCCACAUCCCAGUCUUCUGCUGGAUCACUGCUACAGUUCUGGAGGAUGUGUUGAAGACCAGAGAGAGAGGAGAGCUGCCCAGGACCCUGACUGAGAUGUACACAGAAUUCUUGGUGUUUCAGAUUGAUCAGACAAAAAAGAAAUACGGCCCAGAAAAGUGCAUUCAGUACAUUAAGUCAUUAGCAAAACUGGCUUUCCACCAGCUGGAAAAGGGCAACCUGAUCUUCUACGAAUCAGACCUGAAAGAGAGCGGCAUUAAUGUCAGUGGAGCCUCGGUGUGCUCAGGAGUCUUCACAGAGAUCUUUAAAGAGGAACGUGGGAAGAAGAAGGAUGAAGCAGACAAGAUGUUUAGCUUUAUCCAUCUGAGUGUUCAGGAGUUUUUGGCAGCUUUGUAUGUAGAGAAGGCACUCAUUAACAAAAACAAGAAUGUCAUGUCUGAGCCAGGGCAAACCUUUGGCAAGCAUGUGCGAAUGGUUCAGCAAACAUCUGUGUCAGAGGUCCACAGGUUCGCUAUUGACAAGGCCUUGCAGAGUCCAAAUGGACACCUGGACUUGUUCCUCCGCUUCCUCAUGGGACUUUCUCUGCAGACCAAUCAGACUCUCCUACGAGACCUACUGAAAAAGAAAAGAAGCUCAGAGACCAAUCAGGAAACAAUCGAGUACAUCAAGAAGAAGAUCAGUGAGAAUCUGUCUGCAGAAAGAAGCAUCAAUCUGUUCCACUGUCUGAAUGAACUGAACGAUUGUUCUCUAGUGGAGCAGAUCCGACAGUACCUGAGUUCAGGAAGUCUCUCCACAGAUAAACUGUCUCCUGCUCAGUGGUCAGCUCUGGGCUUCAUCUUACUGUCAUCAGAAAAAUAUCUGGACGUGUUUGACUUGAAGAAAUACUCUGCUUCAGAGGUGGUUCUUCUGCGGCUGCUGCCAGUGGUCAAAGCCUCCAACAAAGCUCUGCUGAGUGGCUGUAAUCUAUCAGAGAGAAGCUGUGAAGCUCUGUCCUCAGUUCUCAGCCUCAAGUCAUCUAGUCUGAGAGCACUGGACCUGAGUAACAACAAACUGAAGGAUUCAGGAGCGAAGCUGCUCUCUGCUGGACUGGAGAGUCCACACUGCACACUGGAGACUCUCAGGCUGAGUGGCUGUAAUCUGUCAGAGAGAAGCUGUAAAGCUCUGUCCUCCGUUCUCAGCUCCCAGUCCUCUAGUCUGAGAGAGCUUGACCUGAGUAACAACGACCUACAGGAUUCAGGAGUAAAGGUGCUCUCUGCUGGACUGGAGUGCCCACACACUACACUGGAGACUCUCAGGCUGUGUGGCUGUAAUCUGUCAGAGAGAAGUUGUGAAGCUCUGUCCUCAGUUCUCAGCUCCAAGUCUUCUAGUUUGAGAGAGCUGGACAUGAGUAACAAUGACCUGCAGGAUUCAGGAGUGAAGCUGCUCUCUCCUGGACUGGAGAGUCCACAUUGUACACUGAAGACUCUCAGGCUGUGUGGCUGUAAUCUGUCAGAGAGAAGUUGUGAAGCUCUGAUGUCAGUUCUUGGCUCCCAAUCGUCUAAUCUGAGAGAGCUGGACCUGAGUAACAACCUAAUGCAGGACUCAGAAGUGAAACUGCUCUCUGCUGGACUGGAGUGUCCAGACUGUACACUGGAGACUCUCAGGUUGAGUGGCUGUAAUCUGUCAGAGAGAAGCUGUGAAGCUCUAUCCUCAGUUCUCUGCACCCCAUCCUGUAGUCUGAGAGAGCUGGACCUAAGCAACAACGACCUGCGGGAUUCAGGAGUGAAGCUGCUCUCUGUUGGACUGGGGAGUCCACACUGUGCAUUAGAGACUCUCAGGCUUUCAGGAUGUCUUAUCACAGAGGAAGGUUGUACUUCUCUGGCCUCAGCACUGAGAUCCAACCCCUUCAGUCUGAGAGAGCUGGACCUGAGCUUCAACCAUCCAGGAGACUCAGGAGUAAAGCUGCUGUCAGCUGGACUAGAUACACUCAGGUUGGAACAUGGUGGUGAGCAGAGACUGAAACCUGGUCUUAAGAAGUAUGCCUGUGAACUCACACUGGACACAAACACAGUACACAGAAAGCUCAAACUGUCUGACAACAACAGGAUGGUGACAUUGGUGACAGAGGAGCAGCCGUAUCCUGAUCUUCCAGAGAGGUUUGACUACUGGCCUCAGCUGCUGUGUAGAAAUGGUCUGAGUGGUCGCUGUUACUGGGAGGUCGAGUGGAAAGGAAGGGUUUAUAUAUCAGUGAGUUACAGAGGGAUCAGAAGGAGGGGAGACCAUUUGUCCUGCAGGUUUGGAUGGAAUAAGCAGUCCUGGAGUCAGGAGUGCUCUGAUGUUUAUGGUUACUCUGCCUGUCACAGUAAGAGAAGGACACGGUCCUUCUCCUCCUCUUUCUCCUCCUCCCUCACCUCCUCCUCCUCUGGUAGAAUAGCAGUGUAUGUGGACUGUCCAGCUGGCACUCUGUCCUUCUACAGAGUCUCCUCUGACACACUGAUCCACCUCCACACCUUCAACACCACAUUCACUGAAGCUCUUUAUCCUGGAUUUGGUUUAUGGCGGUCUAACAGGUCUGUUUCCUCAGUGUCUCUGUGUUCCCUAUAGAGGGAGGGUCUUCUCCUGUCACACUGCUGACAAACAAGUCUAAUGACUCAUAAUUAUGAAAAAGUGUGUGAAUGCACUUCAAAUAUGUUUUCACAUGGAACACCUUGGUAGUCAGAUGGUUACAGUGCAUGCCACAUUGCAGUUGCAGCCGUUGCUGCUUCGCUUCCAUCCACUGACCUCUGUUGCAUGCCAUACCCCUCUCUUUCCCCGCUUCCUGUCUACCUCUUUACCAGUCACUGUAAAAUAAAGACAAAAAAUUAAAACUAA